AUCCCGACCCCCCCCCCUUAACUCCCUGCAUUCCAUUCAACCCCCACCCCCAUUCCGCCUCCUUCUGUCCCAGUUCGCCAGCAGCCACUGCAAACAGCAGCAAGAAGUGAACCGCCGCCGAGAACAAGAGGGUUAAAAGUGUAGAUUGGAUUUCACCCCGGGAAAUCUAGCGCUCGGAGUGAACUUGAAUCUUUGGCUAUUUAAGGAGGACUAAGGGGCUGGCUGCGAAGUUGUGGCGAUUCAAAGCAGAGCUUGUAUCCUGAUCCAUCUUUUCCUUUUUGGAAGCGUUAGGUGGUUGUAAAAUGAAUAGAUGAAGCCGUUGCGCUUUUGAUACUUUUCCUCUCAGCAGAAGUGCUAUAUAUCUCAGAGCGAAGUCAUGAUGUAUUCUCCCAUCUGUCUCACUCAGGAUGAAUUUCACCCAUUCAUUGAGGCACUUCUUCCACAUGUCCGUGCAAUUGCCUAUACGUGGUUUAACCUUCAGGCUCGAAAACGCAAGUACUUUAAAAAACACGAAAAGCGAAUGUCAAAAGAUGAAGAAAGAGCAGUCAAGGAUGAGUUACUUAGUGAAAAGCCAGAAAUUAAACAGAAGUGGGCAUCCAGGCUUCUCGCCAAAUUGCGCAAAGAUAUCCGCCAAGAAUAUCGAGAGGAUUUUGUGCUUACUGUUACUGGGAAGAAGCACCCAUGCUGUGUAUUAUCCAAUCCUGACCAGAAGGGCAAGAUUAGGAGAAUCGAUUGCCUUAGGCAAGCAGACAAAGUCUGGCGCCUGGAUCUAGUCAUGGUGAUCCUUUUUAAAGGUAUCCCCCUGGAAAGUACCGAUGGAGAACGGCUCAUGAAAUCCCCCCAUUGCACAAAUCCAGCACUUUGCGUUCAGCCACAUCACAUAACAGUAUCAGUCAAGGAGCUUGAUUUGUUUCUGGCAUACUAUGUGCAGGAUCAAGGUAGGCCUUUU